GAAAAGAAAACAGCCGUCAAACGUCAUUUCCUGUUCGACGACCCGUACGUGUUUCCUUCUUUCCGUUUCCAAGCGUUAGCUAAAAAGGCAGUACAGUAAAGAUGUUGAUGCCCAAGAAGAACCGCAUUGCCAUCUACGAGCUCCUCUUCAAGGAAGGGGUAAUGGUGGCUAAGAAGGACGUGCAUCUGGCCAAGCAUCCAGAACUGGCAGAAAAGAAUGUGCCUAACCUGCACGUAAUGAAAGCUAUGCAGACUCUGAAGUCCUGCGGGUACGUCAAGGAGCAGUUCGCCUGGCGCCACUUCUACUGGUACCUCACCAACGAGGGCAUCCAGUACCUGAGGGACUUCCUGCACCUGCCGCCCGAAAUCGUGCCCGCCACCCUGCGCCGCCAAACUCGUCCAGAGACCGCGAGACCCAGACCCAAAGGCAUGGAGGGAGACAGGCCGGCUCGCAUGCCCCGUGGAGAAACGGACAGAGACUCCUACAGGCGCUCGGCAGCGCCAGGCGGUGGUGACAAGAAGGCCGAGGCGGGCGCCGGGGCGGCCACAGAAUUCCAGUUUAGAGGGGGCUUCGGACGCGGCCGGGGACAGCAGCCUCAGUAAAUCAGUCUCAUCGCAGAGGCAGCGCUCUCGACCUGCGCAGACAUGUUUUUGUACAUUAAAGUCCCAUCAACCACACCCUGCCUUGUUAUGGUGGAUUUCUUUUCUACAUGUGGCUCCCAGAUUGGCAGGCACAUUACUGCAAUUACUUGUGUUAAUUUCAGUCUGCAGUACAGAUUUAAUCACACAUUGUUAAUUCAUUAAAACAUUAUUUUACUUGGUUUCAUAAUUGAAUAAUUUGAUUUCAUGCCAGAUGCCAUCAGAGUCAUUUUUUGUAUUGUAAGGAAAAUAAAGUGGUUCUAUUAGCUUGAAAAGUGGCCUGUCAGUUUAGGCGGAUUGGGGCACUGCAUUAUUCAGAUGGCCUUAAUCUUCGUAUGUUACUGUCAAGAGGUUCAUCCAUUUUUCCACAGUGCUUUGUCCAGUCAGAUCACAUUAUACAUACAGUAUGUCUGGGGUAGAGGCUGGUUACAGAAGAUACUGAAGUAAGGUAGCAAACCUGGAUUGCUUUGUAAGCAUUCUGCUUCGCAAAUGAAUAUGUGAAAAGCAUUCAUUGUGAAUAUACAAUGCAAACAAUAUAAUUCAAAAUAAAGCCGUUCAUUUCAUGUACUGCCAUUUUGGAUGUUGGCCAUUUGUAGAAAUUAAAAGAUGUGUUCAAAACA